CAGAUCUUUUAAAGAAGAUAUAUGAGCAUUUUACCAUGGAAUGCAAGCAGGGGAGGGUGAAGAAUAUCAAAAACCCUUUGAAAAGACUCUCACUCGCAACUGGAAUAUCUGAGAAUACUCUAAAGAGAAAAGUUAUGCAAGACCCAGUUGAUAUGGUGGUGGAGGAUUUGCAAGUCCCUGCUCCAAAGAAGAAACCUGGACCCGAUAGGAAGCUGGAUGACUUCGAUGCAGACCUGGUGAAGAGGACCAUCCAUGACAUGCAGUUGAAGGGCCAGUACGUUUCAUUGCGCCAACUGUCGGAUGUUCUGGUAGAAAAGGGAGUCAGGCUCUUCAAGUCUUCAUUGGGGAGACUCGUGAAGGAUCUUGGGUUCAGGUUCUACAAAGCAGGUUCCAACCAACGCUACAUUGGAGAUCGGAAUGACAUCGUAAGUAUGCGACAUACUUACCUGAGGUCCAUUAGGAAGUUUAGAGAGGAGGGUCGUCCUAUUGUGUAUUUGGAUGAGACUUGGUUGAACACCAAUCAUGUAGCAAGGGGAGAUUGGGUGGACUGUCCUAGGACAUCUACCUCUGCCUUUGAGUCACAUCGUGGAGGUCAUGGGCGUUUUGUCCCAUCUGGGAAAGGCUCUCGUCUGAUAAUUGUGGAUGCAGGUUCUUCGGCUGUGGGCAUGAUCCCGGGAUCCGCUCUUAUUUUCGAGUCGAAAACAGGCAACCAGGAUUAUCGCGACGAGAUGAACUCGGAAAACUUUACGAAGUGGUUCACUGAGCAGUUGCUCCCUAACCUACCGGCUAAUUCAGUCAUAGUGAUGGAUAAUGCUUCCUAUCACAGUCAUCUAGAUCCUGAGUCUAAGUGUCCGACUUCGUCGACACCGAAGGCCGAGAUCCAGUCUUGGCUUGAUAGAAAGGGUAUCCAUUACGCCCCGGGAAUGAUCAAGGCUGAAUUGAUCACAUUGGUGAAGCAACAUAAGCCUCGUCCUAAAUAUGUUAUAGACGAUUUGGCUUCAAAGGCAGGUCACACAGUUUUGCGUCUACCUCCCUAUCACUGUGAGCUUAAUCCUAUUGAGUUGGUCUGGGCUGAAUUAAAAAGUUUCGUCGCCAGGAGCAAUUCCACAUUUAAGAAAGAUAAAGUGAAGGAACUCUUUAAUCAGGCUAGAUCAACUUAUGGGGUUGAGAAGUGGCGUAAGGUAGAGAGUCACGUGAUAAGAGAGGUCGAAGAAAAACUGUGGAAACUCGACGGAGUCCAGGAUGAGGAGGUUGCUCCUGUGGUCAUAGACUUGACGGACUCGGAAGACAGUGACAGUGACAUGGACACAGAUUCUGGUGAUGACGAAAAUGACUCUGACUCUGACGAAUCCAUGGGCUUCGUUGAGGAGUCUGACAAUGAGGUCACUUGUUGCAUAUGUGGUGAUUACAAUGCUCCUGGAAAGUCUCGAAAGAUUGUUUGGGUUGAGUGUGAGGUGUGUAAGAGGUGGAGUCACCGCAUAUGUACCAAGCCCUCUCUAAAGUCAGGUAAGUGUGUCCAAUGUUGGAUCGCUUUGUAUGGACUGAAUCCAGCUCCUUCAUGAGCCUUCCCAUGGUCU